CAUCCCCUAAAUUCAGUAGUUUGUAAUCAUGAGGUCUGCCGCUCCCCAUAUAAACAAACCACCUCUUCAUGUUCAUUCUUGCAGUCACUACAAUUCUAAGAAUGUCCACAAGUAAGCUGGAAAACAUAGAGGAGGAAAAGCCAUGUCCAUGUCCAAGUCGAUUGCCGGAAACGCCAACCGAAUCUAUGGAGUUCCUUGGGAGGUCAUGGAGUGUUUCGUCUGUGGAACUCUCAAAAGCCAUUUCCCAUAAUUAUCUUCAACAUAAAAACCCAAACUUAUUCUGCUCACCCCAAGAUGAACCUCAACCAUCAGAAAAGGCAGAUACCCCUCCUAGAAAAAGUGAUGAAUUCAAGGAGUUAUAUCUAAUUCAUCACGCCCUCAACCAAGAUUUUGUGUCUAGCCAUCAAUUGCUCAGAAAUGGGCUUUACAGGAACAUAAUGAGAGGAAGGACAAUGGGUAGAUGGAUAAAAGAUCAGAAAGAAAGGAGAAAGCAUGAGGUGAGAACACACAUAGCUCAACUGCAUGCAGCAGUAUCGGUGGCAGGAGUUGCCGCUGCUGUGGCCGCUCUUACUGCCACAUCAGCAACAUCAUCAUUAGUCAAUGAUAAUAAUAACAGUAAUGAUAAGGAAGAAAAAGGGUGUUCAAAAGCAUCAAAUGCAAUAGCAUCAGCAGCAGCUCUAGUGGCAUCACAUUGCAUAGAGAUUGCAGAGGAUAUGGGAGCUGAUCAUGAGCAAAUAUUAUCAGCCAUCAAUUCUGCAACUACUGCAAGGACUAACGGAGACAUAAUGACCCUAACUGCAGGAGCUGCCACAGCGUUGAGAGGAGCUGCCACAUUAAGAGCAAGGCUGCAAAAGGGAGCUGAAACCAUGGCUUUGGGUGAGGAACAGGGGGAAGAAGGCAAAGAAUCGCACGUAUUGGCAACCUUGAAUUUUGUUUCUAAAGGGGGACAACUUUUAAAGCUUACCAGAAAAGGAGACCAUCACUGGAAGGAAGUUUCUUUCAAGGUCAACACAAAAUGGCAGGGGCAACAGGUGGUAGCAAAACUGAAAAGCAAGCAUAUCGCAGGAACUUUUACAAAGAAAAAGAAGUAUGUAGUCUCUGGCGUAUAUGUUGGAAGAGAGAUGGAUGAAGAGCGGCAGUAUUUCGGGAUAGAAACGUCUGAAAGAAUAAUACAAUUUGAAUGCACCACUAAAGAAGAAAAACAUAAAUGGAUAGAGGGCCUCCAGCAUUUGCUGAAUUGCAGAGCUAAUAUGGCAAGGUUUACACAGCAGCACUAAUCCCAAGUCACUGGGAAUUAAGAAUGUGUAGUGUCUUUUGGAUUUAUAUCUAUUGUGAUUGAUUGAUCGAUUGUGUUUAUCAAUAAGAGUGAGAGUGGAAUGAUUUAUCAGUUUAAGGAA